AAUCAACGGCUCGAGCGGAGAACGCGCAAAAUUUGAAAGUCUGACCGGAAACAACGUUGAUAGUUUAGAGAGGAAAACAGUUAGCAUGUCACUGCUUCUGUGUAUAAUAAUAAAUAACUAGAUUAUAAUUACCUGCAUGGCAGUCUGGUUAUCUGUUGUUAAGAAGCUAUGUUGAAGUUCAAAUACCAGAGUCAGGGAUGCCUGAAAACGCUGCUGCCGUCCUCUGCGGACCCCAUCACCAGCCGCAGCUCCAGACUCAACCAAGUGUUUCAGGGCCGAGUCAGCCUGUGUGGGCAGCAGGGAGGAUGCACUCUAGGUCGGGAAGAGUUUCUGGAGGCUCUGCUGCUGCUGUACCAAGAGUGCAUCUCCCCAGAACUUAUGAAGAUACAACAUGUGGCAAACUUCGUCAAUAAGUUUUCUGAAGUGGUCUCAGAGCUUCGGGACAUGCAGCCUGCUCUUCAUGACUUUGAACUGCGUGCAGUGGUGGGUCGUGGUCGCUUCGCUGAAGUCCAAGUAGUCCGGGAGAAGGCCACUGGGGAUGUUUGUGCACUGAAAGUCAUGGACAAGGCAGUUUUACGUACUCAAGAAAAUGUGGUUUUUCAUGAGGAGGAGCGGAGGAUCUUGGCUCAGAACAGCAGUCCCUGGAUCCCGCAGCUUCUCCACGCCUUCCAGGAUAAAGAUCAUGUCUACCUGGCGAUGGAGUACUUGCCAGGCGGAGACUUGAUGUCCCUGCUAAACCGAUACGAGGAUCAGUUUGAUGAGUCCAUGGCUCAGUUCUAUUUGGCUGAGCUGGUCGAGGCCAUUCAUGCUGUCCACCAGCUGGGCUAUGUUCACAGAGACGUCAGACCAGAGAACGUUCUCAUCGAUCGGACUGGUCACAUUAAGCUGGCAGACUUUGGAUCAGCUGCCAGGCUGACUGCUAACAAAACAGUUGCAUCUCCCGCAGUGUCUGGUGGGACCCAGGACUUCCUCUCCCCCGAGGUCCUGGCAGCCAUAAAUGGGUCUCACAGCACCUACGGGGUUGAGUGUGACUGGUGGUCCCUUGGGGUCAUAGCGUAUGAGAUGAUCUACACCAGGUUACCUUUUUCUGGUGGUACUUCCACCAAGACAGUCCACAACAUCCUCAACUUUCAGCGCUUCCUUAAGUUUCCGGAGGAGCCGCGGGCCAGUAAGCAGUUUGUAGACCUGCUGCAGAGCUUGCUUUGUGGAGCCAAAGAGCGACUGGAUUUCCAGGGACUCCGCUGUCACUCUUUCUUCUCCAGUGUAGACUGGAACCACUUAAGACAAGUUCUCCCGCCUUUCGUUCCUGCGUUGCACGCUGAAGAUGACACCUCUAAUUUUGAGGAGCCGGAGCAGGCAGCCCCCCGGCCAGCCUCAGCAGCCCAGCGAGGAGCUCUGCCAGUGGGCUUCCAGGGCCAGGAUCUGCCCUUUCUAGGCUGGUUCUUCAGCAGAGCGUUGACAACAUUGGCCAAAACUGAGUCAGUGUCUGCAGGCCUCAACUCUCCUGCUAAGACCAACUCUAUGGAAAAGAAGCUGCAUCUUAAAAGCAGAGAAUUACAAGAUACUCAAGACAAAUGUCACAAGAUGGAGCAGGAGAUCUCCAGGUUCCAGCGUAAAAUGACUGACCUGGAGUCAGUCCUCCACCAGAAGGAUGUGGAGCUGAAGGCAUCCGAGACUCAAAGGAACAUUCUGGAGCAAGACCUCGCCACCUACAUUACUGAGUGCAGCAGCCUAAAGCGAAGCUUGGAGGAGGCCCGUGUGGAGGUCUCCAGAGAGGAUGACAAGGCCAUGCAGCUGCUGCACGACAUCCGCGAACAGAGCAACAAGCUGCAGGAAAUUAAAGAGCAAGAGUACCAUGCCCAGCUCGAGGAGAUGCAGGUUACCAUCAGGCAGCUGGAGGAGGACCUGUCCGCUGCCCGCCGCCGCAGCGACCUCUACGAAUCUGAACUCAGAGACUCCAGGCAAACCAGUGAGGAGCUCAAGAAGAAAGCUGUGGAAUACCAGCAGAGAAUCCAGAAGGCUAAAGAGCAGGGCAAAGCCGAUGUGGAGGAGCUUCUGUCCAAACUAGAGAAGACCAAUGCUGAGCAGCAGGUGAAAAUCCAGGAGCUCCAGGACAAACUGUCCAAGGCGGUGAAAGCGAGCACAGAAGCCACUGAGCUGCUGCAGAAUGUUCGGCAGGCCAAAGAGCGGCUGGAGCGAGACCUGGAGCGCCUGAAAGGCAAAACCGACUCUAGUGACACAUUAAAACGCCGCCUGAGAGAGACAGAGGAGGGCAGGAAGACCCUGGAGAACCAGGUAAAGAGGCUGGAAAUGGUGGAACGGCGGGAGAAUAAGCUGAAAGAUGACAUUCAGACCAAAUCCCAGCAGAUCCAGCAGAUGGCUGAAAAGAUCCUGGAACUGGAGGAGAACCUGCGGGAUGCCCAGUCGACAGCCCAGAGGAUGGAAACCCAACUGGUUCAAAAGGAGAGGCUUUAUGAAGACAAGAUCAAGGUUCUGGAGGCCCAGAUGAAGGAGGACAUUGCUGACAAGGAGAGCCUCGAGGCCACACGGGCCCAGCAGGAGGAGGAGUCGAGGGAGAACUGCAAACUUAUCAGUGAACAGAAAGCAACUAUUAAUGCUAUGGAUUCCAAGAUGAAGAACCUGGAGCAGCGCAUCUCUGAGCUGUCAGAAGCUAACAAGCUGGCCGCUAACAGCAGCAUCUACACCCAGAAGAAUAUGAAAGCCCAGGAGGAGAUGAUCUCAGAGCUUCGGCAGCAAAAGUUCUAUUUGGAGUCUCAGGCAGGCAAGCUGGAGGCCCAGAACGCCAAACUGGAGGAGCACCUUGAGAAGAUGAGUCAGCAGGAGCAGACCAAGAGGACCCGGCUGCUGGAGCUGGAGAGCAGACUGCGGGAGAUGGGCCUAGAACAUGAAGAAGAGAAGAUGGAGAUCAAGAGACAGGUGUCAGAGUUGACCCUCUCCCUGCAGGAGCGCGAGUCCCAGAUUAGCAGCCUGCAGGCUGCACGUCUUGCCCUGGAGAGCCAGCUGCAGCAGGCAAAGACUGAGCUGGAGGAGACCACCGCCGAGGCUGAGGAGGAGAUCGACGCCCUCAGGAAUCACAGAGAUGAAAUUCAGCGCAAGUUUGAUGCCUUGAGAGACAGCUGCUCAGUGAUCACUGACCUGGAGGAGCAGCUGACGCAGCUGAGUCAGGAGAAUGCCGAGUUGAACCGCCAGAACUUCUACCUGUCCAAACAGCUUGACGAAGCGUCAGAUGAGAGGGAGGACCAGCUGCAGCUCAGCCAGGAAGUGGACAGGCUGAGGAGGGAGGUGGCUGACCGCGAGAUGCACCUCAACAACCAGAAACAGAACAUUGAGACACUGAAGACCACAUGCAGCAUGCUGGAAGAGCAGGUGGUCGAGCUGGAGUCCCUGAAUGACGAGUUGCUGGAGAAGGAGAGGCAGUGGGAGGCUUGGAGAGGAGCCCUGGAGGAUGAAAAAAGCCAAGCCGAGAGACGCACCAGAGACCUGCAGAGACUGUUGGACAAUGAGAAGCAGAACAGGCUGCGUGCAGACCAGCGCAGCUCUGAAUCUCGCCAGGCCGUGGAGCUGGCAGUCAAAGAGCACAAGGCUGAGAUAAUGGCCUUACAGCAGGCCUUGAAGGAGCAGAGACUGAAGGCUGAAAGUCUGUCUGAUACUCUCAAUGAUCUGGAGAAGAAGCACGCCAUGCUGGAGAUGAACGCCCGCAGCUUACAACAGAAACUGGAGACAGAGAGAGAGCUGAAACAGAGGCUGAUGGAAGAGCAAGGGAAGCUGCAGCAGCAGAUGGACCUCCAGAAGAGCCACAUAUUCCGUCUGACCCAAGGCCUGCAGGACGCCCUGGACCAGACCGACAUGCUCAAGACUGAGAGGACCGAUCUGGAGUACCAGCUGGAGAAUAUACAGGCUGUAUACUCCCAUGAGAAGGUGAAGAUGGAGGGGACAAUCUCCCAGCAGACCAAACUCAUUGAUUUCCUCCAGGCCAAAAUGGACCAGCCCACCAAGAAAAAGAAGGGUAUAUUCGGGCGGCGGCGGGAGGAUGUAGGCACCACAACUAACGGGGCGCUGGCUCCACAGGCCCAGCCAGCAGUUCCCAUGCAGUACGGUGACAUGAAAAUGGCUUUUGAAAAGGAGCGCUCAAGAUGCGCUGAUCUGGAAGAGGCUCUGCAGAAGAUGAGGAUAGAGCUACGAUCCCUGAGAGAAGAGGCGGCUCAUUUCAAAGCCCAAGAACAUGUGGGUACUUCCACGCCGGCCCAGGCUCGACAUCAAAUCCUCAUGUCAGCCAUUGUCAAAUCCCCCGAACAUCAACCCAACCCCAGCAGCCUGCUCAACCCCUCCACCCGAUGCAAGGAGACCUCCACACCUGAAGAAAAGAGGAGGGUCACCUUUGAAAAGUUUGGUCGUCGCGUGAAAGAGAGAAUGCAUCACAACAUCCCUCAUCGCUUCACGGUGGGCCUCAACAUGAGAGCUGCCAAGUGUGCCGUCUGCCUGGACACUGUGCAUUUUGGACGACAGGCUGCCACUUGUCUAGAGUGUCACACCCUGUGUCACCCUAAAUGCUCACCUUGUCUUCCGGCCACCUGCGGUCUGCCAGCCGAGUACGCCACUCACUUUUCAGAGGCUCUGUGCCGAGAAAAGGCAAACUCUCCUGCACUGCAGGUCAAAGAGGCCAGUGGGCAUGUUCGCUUGGAGGGAUGGAUGAAGCAGCCGAGAAAUGGCAAGCGUGGACAGCAGGGCUGGGAGAGGAAAUAUGUGGUGCUUGAUGGAACCAAAGUAUCCAUCUAUGAUACUGAGCCCAGAGAAGACUACAUAAAGAUUGAGGAGGAGUUUGAGCUCUGUCUGCCUGAUGGAGAGGUGACCGUUCAUGGGGCUGUUGGAGCCUCUGAGCUCAUCAACACCGCCAAGUCAGACAUCCCGUAUGUGUUGAAGCUGGAGUCACAUCCCCACACCACCUGCUGGCCAGGCCAGUCCAUCUACUUCAUGGCUCCCAGCUUCCCUGAUAAGCAGCGCUGGGUGGCUGUACUGGAGUCUGUGGUGGCUGGUAGCCGCGGAUCGAAAGACAAAGUGGAUUCGGAUGCUGCAGGUGGUUCUAAAAGACAGAAGAACCUAUCCCCUCUGGUUCAGAAACUUCUGGGCAAUUCUCUGCUGAAGCUGGAGGGUGACGACCGUUUGGACAUCAACUGCACUCUGCCUCUCACUGACCAGAUCGUGUUGGUCGGCUCUGAGGAGGGUUUGUAUGCUCUAAACGUCAUAAAGAACUCUUUGACCCACAUCCCCGGGCUGACCUCCGUCUUCCAGAUCCAGAUCCUGAAGGAGCUCGAUAAGCUGCUGAUGAUCACUGGAGAGGAGAGGGCCUUGUGUCUGGUGGAGAUCAAGAAGGUGAAACAGUCUUUGUCGCAGUCCCAUCUCCCGGCUCAGCCCGACCUCAACCCCUUCAUCUUUGAGACAGUGAAGGGAUGCCACCUCUUCUCCUCUGGAAAGAUUGAUAAUGGGACCUGUAUCUGCGCUGCUAUGCCCAAUAAGAUUACAAUUCUGCGACAUAAUGAAAGCCUGAACAAGUUCUGCAUCAGAAAGGAGAUUGAGACAUCAGAGCCCUGCAGCUGCAUCCACUUCACUGGCUACAGUAUCAUUAUCGGCACCAACAAGUUCUACGAGAUUGAGAUGAAGCAGUAUGUGCUGGAAGAGUUCCUGGAUCAAAACGACGUGACGCUAGCUUCGGCUGUCUUCGCCGCGUCCUCCCACAGCUUCCCCAUCUCCAUCAUCCAGGUCACCACGGCUCCACAGAAAGACGAAUACCUGCUCUGUUUCCAUGAGUUUGGUGUGUUUGUGGAUGCGUAUGGUCGCAGGAGUAGAAGUGAAGAUAUCAAAUGGAGCCGUCUGCCUCUCUCGUUUGCCUAUAGAGAACCCUACCUGUUUGUGACCUACUUCAACUCUCUGGACGUUAUUGAAAUUCAGGGACACGCUGCUCUGGGGCCCCACUCAUAUGCACACCUGGAUAUCCCAAACCCACGCUACCUUGGCCCAGCCAUCUCCUCUGGAGCCAUCUACCUGGCCUCUUCCUACCAGAACAAACUGCGGGUCAUUUGCUGCAAGGGCAACCUGGUCCAGAGCCAUGAAGGCGUAGAUGACCUGCAGCGAAACGGCUCCGGACGCAGCCCUAACAAGCGCGGGCCUCCUUCCUACAAUGAGCACAUCUCUAAAAGGCUGGCAGCCAACCCCCUAGUUCACGGAGACCCCGGCACACCUCACCGCUACAGAGAGGCUCGCACAGAGUUUCGCCGGGACAAGUCCCCCAGCCGUCCACUGGAGAGAGAGAAGUCUCCCGGCAGGAUGCUGGAGAGUCGAAUCGCCGGGUCUCCGGGCAGGGCCAUGGCCGACCCCCGGCUAGAACGCUCCCCGGGCAGGGCCAUGGCAGACCCUCGAAUGGAUCGCUCUCCCGGCCGGAUGAUGGACGUUCGUAGGGAAAGGUCCCCCGGACGAUUCGAAGAGCGCCAAAGGCUUCAUACCGGCUCUGGUCGCACGCCCAUAAACCCUGUUAACAAGGUAUGGGACCAAUCAUCUGUUUGAGAGACAGCAAAGCCUCACACCCAGCACGGACAGAGAAAUGCAUCUUUGGAAAGGGAACAACGGAGGGAACAGUGAGAACCAGUGAGAGUGUCACCAAUUCAUGAUGAAACACUGCCACACAUCAGUUUUGCCUGACAUCUAAGCUGACAAACCCACAGAGAAAAACACAUGUAGCCAUCAGAAACAGAGAAAGAGAACGAGAGAAAUAAAUAGAUGUCAAACAGAAUCAGGUUAUUUUUCUCAAUGAGCUGACCCGAGUCGAUAAAGGUCAACAAAAUGCCAUAUUUAACAACUUUUUGAGCAGGUUUUUUUGCGAUGUAUUUGAGUAUGCACCCUCUAUACUCCGAGAAGGGAUUAAUAACACGAUUAGAUUUCUUCUUCAAAAACAAAAUCUGGGAUAUAUGAGCUCUCAACUUUAGACCUGACUCGUGGGUUUUGCUAGUUAACUCCAGACAGUAGUGAAUAGAUAAGCACAGCCGUAGCAACUUGAUCUCUCAAGUCAAUGCCUGAAUAUUUACAAAGUCGGUCACUAGUGAAAAUGGCAGAGGUUCACUCUGAAUAGUAUUAAAACAACUUGUCUCCUUUCCAGCUCUGUCCACAGUAGCCACAGAUCAGGGCAGGAGAGUACCGAACAUCUGAUAGCAUUUCUGGCUCCAGCGCUGCGCUGACACGUCAACACACAAUCAUUAUCAGCUAAUUACAAUCAAAAAACUUAGGUUGGUUAGCGGUGACGGGACUCGGCUGGAGCACAAACAAAUCUCAAUAAGUACCUGAGCCCUCCCUGCCCUGUAGAUCCACACACCACAUGAUUAUCCGCCCUCGGAUAGGUCGACUCUAAAAAAAAAAAACUGCACUACCCACAAUCCCCAGCAGGACUUUCUAAUCUCUUCAGAACGCUAUCUGACUGUAAAUAGACAAGACAUAAUUUUAUAUAUAUUGAGAAGGAAUUCCAAGGCUGGAUAAGCCAUGUCUAUUUUUGUUAAAGAAAAAAGUGAUUACGUGUC